UCAGGAUUCAGCAACAACGAGUUGCUCAUCCUCGGGGUAAUGCAGGACAUCAGCAUCGAUGGCAGAGGAGUCUGAAUGGCGGGGGUCGGGGUUGUCGGCGUUGUCGGCAGAGGUUUAGUCCGUGGGUCUAUGUAGCUAACCUUCAGAUCCAUCUGCAUGAGUCACUGCAAUCCUAGAAUAUCCUUGUUAACGCAAUUGGAUAACGAUUUGUGGGUGUUGUUGAUGGCGCAGUGAGGGACCCAUAUUCAGGGGUGUGUGGGAGUAAAGCCCUAAUGCUGUGGAGAGGGAGAGUAGAAAUAGGAAAACGUUUGUAAUAGUGAAUCACACUCCGAGACCCCGACUGUGUUGAUAACCUGGCGCGGUCUUCAGUCGAAUCGUGACAGGAUAGUGCAAGCAGGUUUGCUGCCGACGUGUGUCUCCUUUGUUUGAUGUUCUUCGGCCUCGCUGAACCGACAGGGAUGAUCACAACCUCUCUGCUGGAGCAUUCGGAGUUUCUGGCUGCAGUCUAUGACCAAGCAGGCAGCAGGGGAAUGAAUUCGUUAGUGCAAAUGCAUACAAAACGAAGAUUCCCAACUGUCAGUCCCCCGUUCACAACACGGCUCAUGUCACCUCUCCCUCCAUCUCGGUCCCAAGUGGAGAAUUCAGUCAUACUGUUUUGAUGUUGAUUGUAGAUUAGUAUACUUCUCUCAAAUGAGUCCGUCUUUGUGAGUUGGUUAUUUGUAGCUGUAUUGCGAACCUUGGAUGGUGAGUUGGGGUAAUUCGCAAGGGGCUCAAGGCGCGUUUACUUAAGGGUUUAGGGUUCGAUAAACCAUGGCAGGAGGAUGGAGUGCCAUGGACCCAUUGGCAGCUUUGUCAUCGGGAGAGUCUUCUUCGGAUGAAGACGGCCCCGAUGAGAAGGAGGAGCAGUGCGGCGGUAAAAAAGACGAUAUAGUAGAGGGCGAAAAUUCGGACAAGAGCAAGAAGAAAGCGGGGAGGUUGGACUAUGAGGCAUUGAGCCGCCAUGGCUACACGGGAGGUCUUUCGAUCAUGAAUGUCCCGGCACCCACACAAGAUGCUGGAGAUCAAGACUGGUCAUGGUCGUCUGGGAAGCGUAAAGGGACAGGCGACGCGGAGGAGCAGGAGUCCAUAGAGCUUCGUGAGCGUAUCCGCGAGACUAUCUCCGAAGAUGCCGAAGCUGCUGCUGCGAGAGCAGUUGCGGCCUACAACUUCACGAAGAAGCAGAAGCGGGAUGCAAUUGCAGAGCAGAAGGCGGUGACAUUCGCGCAGAAGGAGAAGCGGAAGCGGGAGAUGGGUCAGGCAAGCCGUGGCAAGAACUAUGUGGAGGAGGAGAAGAGGUUGCUUCGCGAUUCUGGAGUGUAUUCCGGAUUUGAUAGUUAGUCAAUUAUCCUGUCACAGUUGCAAAUUUUUAGUGUGGCUGAAUUGUAACCAGGCGAUGCGAGCACUUCCUCUGCUCCUGGUUUCUUAUGUACUCUGUUCCAGUUGAGACCUGAUUUUGUACUAGGGUGUCUCUACCGACUGCAUCUUGCAUCUCCAAUGCGUGCUCGUGAUUACUGGCCAUAUGUAACAUUCAGUGCCCUCGUAAGUUACAGUACGAAUCGCGUACAGAUCUUGACUUGGGUGGAUUUUGUGAGAGGAGACGAUGAGAUGAGAUUCAUUCCUAUGAAGGAUUGGAACUGCUGUGACGAAGGGGUGGGGGUUGAUAACGGGCAGUGUUGAGUAAGUUUUAGGGUUGUUCGCUUGCUUUGAUAGUGGACACAAAAGGAGUGCUUAGACAUAAUGUACUUUGGUGGUGAAGGUGAAGAAUAAAUCACGGCCACCUGAUAUCUAAGGUAUUAUAUCAGAAUCUUCUUCUUUGGUCGA